AUGAUGUUCAGCGCACGGAUUCCAUGGUCUCCCAGUCGACGUCUACUGCUAGCACACCGCUCAAUACCAUUUUUUCUCCCCAGACGAUGUCUCUCUACCAACCAGUUGGAUCCUUUGAUUCGCCAUUUCGCGGCAGACCUGGCUCUCAAUCAACCUACCUUCCGAGUACCAGCACAUAGAAUACGGAUUUUGUCGGAGCCAGCUCAAUUUUAUGACCUAUUGCUCGAUAUGAUUCAGCGCGCUCAACAUCGGAUAUUUAUUUCCUCCCUUUAUAUUGGUUCAACUGAGUCGGAACUCCUAUCAAGUAUUGAUAAAGCCCUUCGAACCAAGCCCCACUUGAAAGUUUACUUUCAAUUGGAUAUCAAUCGCUCAACCCGCCCAGGACCUUCUUCGACGGCCAAUAUCCUCCUCCCUCUCCUUCGCGAAUUUCCAUCUCGUGUUCAUGUGUCGAUGUUUAGGAGUCCAAGUCUCCGAGGUAUAUUUGCAAAGUUAGUUCCAUCGAGAUUUAAUGAGGGAUGGGGGACAUGGCACGCAAAAGUAUAUGGCGCCGACGAUGAAGUAAUGAUUAGCGGGGCCAACCUAAACAAGUCUUACUUUACAGAUCGGCAGGACCGUUAUCUCCACUUUUCCUCCCAGCCGGCGCUCUCUCAGUACUGCUUUGACUUCUUAAAGACGGUCUCAACAUUUUCCUAUCGGCUUCUCCCUGUCAUACCCACUUCUGAUUCGCAAGCCGACCGACAUUCAUACACACGGGAUGAUUAUACGUUACAUUGGCCUGACCCGCAAACGCAUCCCCAUAAGAUCCAUCAGCGGGCUGAGACGCUGCUGAGGGAAUUUCAGAAAACUUAUCUUGACAAGUCGAAGUCUCCUAGUGAAACAUCGUCAACAAGCAACUGCGCUGACGCGACCCUCUUCCCACUCAUACAAGCUGGGCAGAUCAAUAUCCACGAGGAGGAAACGACAUUCCAGCUGCUCUUCCGUCACUUGAAGACGUUGAAAAGUGUGCACCGACCACUUUUAGACUUAACCAGUGGCUACUUCAGUUUGUAUAAGCCGUACCAGGACCUGAUCCUCAGCAGCCCGGGUGUGGAUUGCCGUAUUGUAGCAGCGAGCCCGAAGGCAAACGGAUUCUUCGGUUCAAAUGGCAUUUCGGGUCGAAUUCCGGAGGGGUAUACCCUCUAUGAGCAGCGUUUUAUGAAAGCCGUCAAGAAAGCAGGGAGGUUAUGGAAAAGAACCUCGGAAGAUGCUGGGCAGGGUGUUUCGCUGAGUGAGUGGGCGAAACAAGGCUGGACAUACCAUGCGAAAGGAUUAUGGCUCUCCCCAAGCUCUUCCUCGUUACCAGUCCUCACCCUGUUUGGGUCCACCAAUUUGAAUUCUCGCUCUGCUCACUUGGACACUGAAUUGUCCUUCCUCAUGCUCGUCCCAUCAGAAGCUUCGGCCGACCAUGAGACGAAGCCUUCGCCAAACCUGCCGCUCCGAAAGGCUCUCGCCCAUGAGGUUGACAGAAUCCGUUCUCAUACAGUACAUUGGAAAGGUGAAGAACGCAAAGUGCGCUUCACCACGAAGAUUAUCGUUUGGCUUGUCAAAGGGAUGCUUUAA